CGGCGGCAUCUGAUGAGCUCUGCCAGCCACGUCCGGUUGGGGGCAACAGGGGACAUCCCGGUGUUCAACACUCGAGGCACCGAGCGAUUCGAGACGUCGUCAACUUCUGGCGGCUACGGGGAAGUUUACCGCGGGCUCUACCGUGAACAGCCCGUGGCGAUCAAAGUGCUUCUCCCUGAGAAGCGGAAGGACCUCGACCAGAUCGACGCCUUCCUGGCUGAGAUCAAGAUGAUGGCAACGAUCGACCACCCGUGCAUUGUGCAGUUCAUUGCUGUGGCUUGGGACUCGCUCUCGGAUCUGUCCGCAGUGAUGGAGUUCAUGGAAGGGGGUGACCUACGCUCUCUGCUUGACCGGUUCACGCAAGAACAGCGGCCUCGAGGGUUCGACCUCGACAAGGCCCGGAUCGCCCUCCAAACCGCUCAGGCGUUGACGUAUCUGCACUCACUCGACCCGAAGGUGCUGCAUCGUGACCUGAAGUCCAGGAACAUCCUAUUGACGUCCUCAAUGAACGCCAAAGUGUCGGACUUCGGCGUUGCUCGCAACUACAGCUUCACGAGCAUGACGGAUGCGGUCGGGACGUCGCUGUGGAUGGCACCCGAGGUCAUGCUGGGCGACCGAUACGACACGAGCGCCGACAUCUUCUCGUUCGGCAUCGUGCUGUCCGAAUUGGACUCGCACUUGCGCCCGUACGCAGUAGCCCGGGUAGACAACAGCAGACAGCGAACUCCCGACGCAGCGUUGCUGCAGCUCGUGGCAAUGGGGCGAGUGACAAUCAACUUCUCAGCGAACGCGCCGACGGAGCUCGUUGAGCUCGGCCGCGCUUGCGUGAGCUUUGACCCAUUGGCUCGACCCAGCGCUAGCGAAGUGCACUACCGACUGCAGCUCAUCUUGCAGUCGUACGAGCUGUACACUGACGCCGUCACCAACGACAAGGGCUCCGACAGCCGCACCCGAAGUGGCUACUUCCGCUCCAGUGGCGACUACCGCAGCGGCGACCGUCACUUCAUCCGCUUCCACGAUAGAGACGUCGACGCCGACAAGUACAACCUCAGUGACGACUGCAGUGACCGCAGCGGAGUCGACACUUCAGCGCCGGCUUCGGCCUCCGCGAAUGCGAACGCUUCGACAACGGUGAUCAUUAAUGUUAGUUCCCAUUCCAGCGACAGCAAUGCGUCCUCGGGGCUUACCAGUCUGGAAGAAAGUAGCGACGGUGUGAGCACAGGAACCGUCAUCGGCAUCGUCGCCGGCUCGAUAGCAGUAAAACAGACUCCGAGGUCGCCCUCAUUUGACGCGUCUUAUGUCGUCGCGCCGGUCACCCUUCCCGCGGCGAACGCCAUCGUGCUAGAAAGCUUCACGCCUGCGCCUGCGAUCCAGGUGAGUGACCUGAACAACUUCGACAGGACCGUGAACCUCGACAGCACUGCGAAUCUGGAUUCCACGCUUCGUCUCGAAAGCAGUGCAGCCUCGGUGACCGCCAAGAAGUCGACCAAGUCAAGCUCGAGCUUGUGGGAGGACGAGGCCAUCAUGGCAGCGCGUAUCCCGAUGGAGAAACUUAUCCACAAGGAGUUGAUCAACGAAGGAGGACACGGCGCGGUGUACCAUGGUCUGUACCGCGGAGAGUGCGUCGCCAUCAAGGUGCUGCUGGACGAGAAGAGAAAGGACAUGCGUCAGAUCAACAUCUUCCUCUCGGAGAUCAAGCUGAUGGCGACGGUGGAGCACCCUCGCAUCGUGCGGUUCGUUGGCGUGGCGUGGGACGCCCCCAGCGAUCUCAGCGCAGUCUCCGAAUUCAUGCCGGGCGGCGACUUGUUCUCGCUGCUCAGACGGUUUGACCGCGUGGAGCAUCGCGCGCAAGGAUUCGACGUCGACAAGGCCAAGAUUGCGCUGCACGUAGCGCAGGCGCUGACGUACCUGCACUCGCUCGACCCCGUGAUCCUGCACCGCGACCUCAAGUCCAUGAACAUCCUGCUGUCGGACGACUGGGACGCGAAGCUCACGGACUUUGGCGUCUCGCGCAAGUGGACCGUGGACACGAUGACAGCGGGCGUCGGCACCAGACGCUGGAUGGCGCCCGAGGUUAUGAUGGGCAAGCGCUACGACACGAGCGCCGACAUCUUCUCGUUCGGCGUCGUCCUGUCCGAGCUGGACUCGCACCAGCCGCCGUACGCGAGCGCGAUCGCCACUAUCACGUCCGAGUCGGGCGAGAAGGUGACGGAGACCGCGCUGAUGGAAAUGGUGGCUAUGGGUCGCGUCCGAAUCGAGUUCUCCGGCAACGCGCCGGCAGCGCUCGUGCAACUGGGCCACGCCUGCGUCAGCUUGGACCCGAAAGUGCGCCCCAGCGUCGGCGAGGUGCACUACCAGCUGCAGAAGAUCCUGCGCAAGUACCAGAAGUACACACUAUAACAACUCUACAGCAACAAUUAGUGAUGGUUUUGAAUUGGACGAGUAAAGAACGUCCAAAACGUCUAAAACGUUCUAAAUACUUU